UGUGGCUCGCUACUCGCUGCAGCGCGAGGUUGUUCUCGCCCUCGUCCGGUUCUUAGUUCCUCUCCCAGUGCAUGCUCCAGGCUGUUCCGGACUCCGAAAGUCCGCUGCGUGCCCGUGCGUGUGCCCGUGCGUGUGCAUGCGUCUGCGCAGUGUGUGCAGGAUCACAGCGCGAGGAGCGCAGUCGGACAUGAUGCGCGCGGAGCUCCGAGAAGAACCACCAUGGUGAGGAAGAGACCGAGAGCGCGAGGAGUUCUGUUCAGCGUCAAGCUAAAGAGCCGCACAGGGCGGGACGGAGCCGGAGAACUCAGGACCGAUUCGGUUUCACUGCUCUGAGAGGGGAGAAUUAAAACUCUUGCAUAGGAACAGUCUUCUUCUUUUUCUUCUUCUUCUUCUUCUGCUGCUGCUUAUGGAGAAUCUCAGCAACCUGGAGUACAUGAUGAAGUUCAAGCCCAAUCAGACGAGGACGUACGACGGGGAAGGCUUUAAACAGCGGGCAGCGUGCUUGUGUUUCAAAAACGACCGAGAGGACGAGGUGUUGCUUGUGAGCAGCAGCAGGCACCCAGAUCAGUGGAUCGUUCCAGGAGGUGGAAUGGAGCCAGAGGAAGAGCCAGGUGGAACUGCUGUGAGAGAGGUCUAUGAAGAGGCUGGUGUAAGGGGCACGCUUGGCAGAUUGCUGGGGGUUUUUGAGCAGAACCAAGACAGCAAACAUCGAACGUAUGUGUAUGUGCUUACGGUUACAGAGACACUGGAAGACUGGGAGGAUUCUGUUAACAUUGGUCGCAAGCGAAAGUGGUUUAAGAUUGACGAGGCGAUCCGGGUGCUGCAGUGCCAUAAGCCGGUCCAUGCCGAGUACCUGCGCAGACUCACACCUCGCUGUGGCUCCACUAAUGGAAACACUCAAGAGCCGACAGGCCAAGGCGAUAACACACCCCUUCAUCAGACCACCUCACAUGAUUGCAGUCUGCCCCGAUUACACAGAUAGAACUUUCCAAGAGGGGGCAGCUUUGAGCCAUGCAAAAAAAAAAAAAGGACUGGAAAGGACUAUGUUUGCAUGCAGUAUUUCUAUACUUAGUAGUUUUUUUUUUUCUAAUAUUGAGAAGCCAAAAGUUUAAAGAAGAAUGUGCCUUUGACUCACAAGUUUAGCAAAUUUAGUGUGUAUAGAGCUUUUGAUCUUUUUUCUUUUUCUUUUCCCACAGCCAAAUAAAAGAAGUAGUGGACUUUGAA